AUGGUUAAAAAUAGCCUCAUAUCGUGUCGUCGUUUGGAUCUUGAAGUUGAACUUGAAAUGAUAGUGGUUGAGAUUGAGCUGGCAGAUGCGCCAAAUGUUAUUUUUGCGACAUUUUACAGACCUCCGGAAUGUUCAUUAAAUUUCGUCAGUGGGUUUUCAUCCUUUCUCCAGAAAGUGGACAUUCUACAUUCCAACAAUAAGAUCGUAAUUCUUGGUGAUUUUAACUUUCCAACUAUCAACUGGUCGUCGCCUUGUUUCACGUCGCCUACGAGUGAUGAAUCUCUAUUUUGCGAAACUCUCUAUGACUAUUUUCUGACACAAGUUGUCGCUUGUCCAACAAGACCAUCAAGUGCUGGUUCUUCUGAUGGAAACAUACUGGAUUUAAUUAUUACUAACUUCCCAGAACAUGUCAUAAACCUUGAUAUUUUACCUCCUAAUGAGACGCAGUUCCGUACAGAUCAUUCCUUGUUGGUGUUUGACUUCACUGUGAAACCACAACUUCUUGCAAAAACAUCCCGCAUGGUGUACAGCUACAAGAACGCUGACUUCUUGGCUCUUAGGGACACACUGCGGAACACAACCUUUGAUGAUCCCGUGGAUGGCGUCAGUGGCAUUGACCUUGCUUGGCAACGUUGGUAUGACCUGUUUACGUCAGCGGUCGAUCGGCACGUUCCGAAAAGAAAAAUCCGUGGUGGUAGUCCUCCGUGGAUUGAUGGUGAAGUCAUGCAUCUACUCCGCCAAAAGAAGACAGCCAGAAGGAAGGCCUUAUCUCGUGGUAAAGACAGCUCAUGUUGGGAAAAGUUUCGUCAUCUUCGCCGUUUGGUUAAGUCAACCAUCAGGAAGAAACACAGUAUCUACAUCCAGUCUCUACAAACUUCUCUUAAAGAUAACCCGAAGCGUUUUUGGUCCUAUUUAAAAUCCCGCACAAGAUCUGGCUCUAUUCCGAACAUUGUGAAACUCGAUGAACAUUACUACCGCAACCCGAAAGAGAAAUCGGAGGCAUUCAAUGAUUAUUUCUUCUCUUCAUUCACCUCCACAAAUUCUGAUGAACUGUUUCUACCUGAUGUUGAUGUAGGUCCUGAUUCUUCUUUUACUGAACUAGUACUGGAUACAAUUGUUCUCACCAGCGAGGAAGUCGCCACCAUACUCCACAAGCUUGACACCAACAAAGCUCAUGGUCCUGAUGGUAUUCCUGCCAGGUUACUCAAGGAGUGUGCUGAUGAAAUUGCUCCCUCGCUGUGUUCUCUUUUCAACUUGUCUCUUCAAACUGGCUACUUACCCUUGCAAUGGAAACUUGCCCACGUUGUUCCCGUGCAUAAGAAAGGUAGCAAAGAGAUGAUCUCCAACUAUCGUCCUAUAUCUCUCUUGUGCAUCGUCUCCAAAGUGCUGGAACGUUGUGUUUUCUCGAGGCUGAUCGCUCACUUGGCUCCACAACUGCACAAUGCUCAGCAUGGCUUCCUCAGUGGUCGGUGA